CUCCUCAGUGUUCGCAUCAACUGAACUACCGACAACGGAGGACAUAAUGUGCAAACCAGAGGAUAACUUAACGCUUUUGCCAGCCGCCACUGACUGGCCAAGAUGUUGAGCCGACUGAUGAGCGGCAGUGUUCGCAGUCUGGACAGAGAAUUCAACUGCACCGUCCGGCUCCUGGAUGACACGGAAUACACCUGCACGGUUCAGAGGGAUGCAAAGGGCCAGUGGCUAUUUGAGCAGAUUUGCCAACAUCUAAGCCUGCUGGAGAAAGACUACUUUGGCAUCAGAUAUGUUGACCCAGACAAACAAAGGCAUUGGCUAGAGUUGACCAAAUCCAUUACCAAACAGAUGAGAUCUCAGCCACCGUUUACUAUGUGUCUGCGAGUGAAGUUUUACCCCCCUGAUCCUGCUGCUCUCAAAGAAGAGAUCACUAGAUAUCUAGUCUUUUUGCAGAUUAAGAGAGAUUUAUACCACGGCCGACUGUUGUGCAGGAGCUCAGAUGCAGCCAUGCUAGCUGCAUAUAUCCUACAAGCUGAGAUUGGAGACUAUGAUGCAGGGAAACAUCCAGAGGGUUACAGCUCCAAGUUUCAGUUUUUCCCCAAGCACUCUGAACGUCUUGAGCGCCGCAUUGCUGAGAUCCACAAAACUGAGCUAAUAGGUCAGACUCCUGAGACCUCUGAGUUGAAUUUCUUAAGAAAGGCCCAGACAUUGGAGACAUAUGGGGUUGAUCCUCACCCUUGUAAGGAUGUGUCAGGAAAUGCAGCAUUCCUUGCUUUCACGCCAUUUGGCUUUGUGGUACUGCAGGGGAACCGCAGAGUACAUUUCCUCAAAUGGAAUGAAGUUACUAAAUUGAAGUUUGAAGGGAAGACCUUCCACAUUUAUGCAAAUCAACAAGAGGAUCAGAAAAUCAUUCUGACCUACUUUGCCCCAACACCUGAAGCCUGUAAGCACCUGUGGAAGUGUGGAGUGGAGAACCAGGCAUUCUAUCAGUUUGAGAAAUCAAGUGAAGUACGGACAGUGUCCAGCAGUAAUCUAUUCUUCAAAGGGAGUCGCUUCAAAUACAGUGGCAAGGUGGCUAAGGAGGUGAUGGAGCAAAGUGCCAAAAUCAGACGUGAGCCACCAGAAAUCCACCGGACUGGGAUGGUCCCGAGUAGGAGUUGUCCUUCCAUCACACAUGGUCCACGACAGAGCAGUGUGCCACGGACACGCAGGAGAGCAGUCCACAUAUCCAUCAUGGAGGGUCUGGAAUCUUUACGUGACAGUGGCCACUCUACGCCGGUGCGGUCCGUCUCUGAUGAUGGCUCUUUGGUGAGGUCACAUGGCAAUGGCGUAGAGGGUGGGAACAGAGCAGCAGAAUUCUCUGAAGAAUCCUAUAGCCCAUCCCACAGUAUGGUACCUACACCUGUAUCCAGCAACUGCUCACUGGACCAGACCCUGUGUCGUCACACCAACGGCCCCCCACUCAUCUAUGAGGAGGAGGAAUCUGAAGCAGCCUGGGGUAGUAGGGCUAUUACUGGGCCAAGGGGGAAAUCCUCUCAGCUGGGGAAGAUCCAGCCAUCCACCAGUAGCAUGGAGGUGGAGCAGAUGGGCGAGGUCAUUGGCAGUUUGGCGCGACUCUUCUUGGUGACACUUGUUCUCCUAUUAGCCCUUCUCCUUCUUCUCAUCGCUCUGACAGAGUCUGAGUUAGAUGUUGCCUUUCUGAGGGACAUCCGGAGGACACCUGAGUUUCAGCAGUUCCACUAUGAGUAUUUUUGCCCGCUGAGACGCUGGCUGGCUUGCAAGCUGCGUUGGAUGGGAGGGCAUCUUAUAAAUAAAUAAGAGACUCAAAUUCUGUGCUGGAGCCUCUACAGUCUUUGGAUCUUGAAAAGCUUCCACUGACCUUUCACACUAUAUAUAUGGUGUAUCACUGUAUCAUUUGCAUAAAACUUCCAGUUCUAUACUAGGCCAAAGCCAUGGGCUUCCCCAUCACCAUGCCAACAGGACUGCGCAUAUCUCUCAUAUCUCAUAGGGAAGUUUUAUCAUUAGCAUUUAUCACAUGUGAUUGCAAAAUAGAGAAUGCUGCAAUUGAUCAGUUCUGCCAUUAGCUGAUUAUUAUUAUUAUUAUUAUUAUUAUUAUUAUUAUUAAUAAUAAUAAUAAAGCCUUCUCUUUUUGUCUAAUUUUCUCUUCUGCUCCCUUUUCUUUUUAUCACCUCUUUCAAUGCAAUUACAUUUCAUCACAUCACAAUUGUCCUUUUACUCUUUUCUUUCUCAUCACCAUUUUAUACUUUUAAUCUGUGCUGAGACCUAAUACUGCAAAGACAAAAGAUGCCUUUUAAAUUACUUUACAGUAGAGACUGAGAUUCUGAAAUGAGGUUCAUUGGUAAAACACACUUGUCCAUUGGCUGUGUGCUAGUUCUUUUCCAUUUCAGAAAUAGCUACUGACAUAUCCAUGUAUUUCAAGUAAUAUAGGAUGGAGUUGUAUGUGUGUGUGAUUAAUAUGUAACAUCAAAUGUUUUUUAUUGAUUUGUCAGAGAUUGGUGCAAUAACUGUGGAACUUGUUUUUAUUGAUAAGCAAUGAAAUGCUUUUCCAGUAGCAACGCUCAUUUUUAGAUAAAUAAUAUAUUGCAAUGUUUCCCAUCAACGUUCUUAGAUAGAUGUUGGUUCUUAUGCUUGGUGAGUCUCGCAUGCAUACAUUUCAGCCCCUUAAUACAGAUGUAAACUUCUAAUGAACUUUGUAAUAUGAUGAAACAAAACUUCCUGCUUGCAGUACAAAAAAUUCAGCAGUUACAUUCAUUCUUGUUAUUCUGUAAAAUGGUUGGAAUCUGGUAUUUAUUAUUUCUGCUUCAAGAAAUAGUUCAAUUAGCAUAUACUACUGUAUGCACGCACCUGUUCAUACAUGCAACACACACCAUACCAUAUGCACACUUGUUAUGGAAAAUAUUUCUGCCUUUAAUACAAUGAUGCAAAAAUCACUUAAUUUAAAGCAACAGCUGGGAGCCAACACAGCAGUGUUAGCACCACAAUACAACCACAGCUGUGUAGUUUGGCUUUCCAUGGACAUGGGUCAUUUAUUUAUGUGCAUGAUCACUUUGUAACCAGAAAUACAGCAAAGAAUAAGCCUUGAUAAAUGAUCACCUGAGCUAUCAAUAGAAAUGACUAAUACACUCCAACCCCUUCCCUCAAUCUGAACUGUUCUUCAAAUUAAUCACUUAUAGCAGCUUCAUUAAAUUUCUGGUCUUACAGAGACAGUAAUAAAAUCUACAGUUAGCUACUAGCUCCCCCUACCAUAAACACUGUAUGCCUGCACCUAGGUAAAUUUCAUAAUAGAAAUUGAAAAGAUACACAAUGAAAAGACAAUGAAAGAAGCAAAAAUGAUUAUAAUGCAUGUAUAUCAAAAUCAACAGAAGAUCAAGCGAACCCAGACUGCAUAACCGUGUUUUUAUGCUAAAAUACAAUUUCUGCCUUUUGAAUUUUAUUUUAAUUGUUGUUUUCCCCAGUUAAACUUUAUUUUUACACUCUAAAAAAGAGAAUCUCACACCACCACUUUCCUCUUGAAGCAUCCCAACGUAGCAAAAUCAUAGAUUGCAUUAUUUUAUAUGUUGGCUUUUUACAAAACAAUGUAUUGUGAUGUAUUAAAAAUAUACUGUAAUAUUAAAAUUAUUUUAAUGUAUGGAUCAUAUGUAUGAAACAUUGUCCCACAUGUGGAAUGUAAUAUAUUUAGCAUAGUAUUUUACAGAUUUAAUUAUAUUGUGGUUUAAAAUUGUUUAAAAUAUAUUUCCCAUAUCUUUUUUGGCAACAUUAACAUUAUACUGGUACACUAAUACACUUUGAUCUCUAAAUAGGUUCUUUAGUGUAUAUCAAGUAUAUAGAAAGUUGUAGAGAUGCUAUUAUAUUCAGUGCAUCUACUAUAGGCUAAGGCUGAGUUUCAUCUCUUUUCUUCAAAGUUAAUCAGUAUGACAAUUAGUUAAGGCUAUUUCUUAAUUUCUGCCUUAGGACAUGACAUUUAUCAAAUUGUACAGAUGCAAGUAAUACAUUUUUAAUAUAAAACAAACAAAUAAUAUAAACCAAAUUAAAAUCUGUCACUCAAAUGUAAUAGCAAUACUAAGGUAAACAUUCAAUGAAGAAUGCUUCUUAAACCGAACAUAGUCAAAUUUAUUUAUAUAGCACAUUUUACAACAGAUGCCACAAAGCAGCUUUACACAUGUUUGAGUCAAAACCCACGGUGAGCUAGCCAAGGACAACAGUGGCAAGGAAAAACUCCUUAGAGCAUGAGGAAGAAACCUUGAGAGGAACCAAGACUUAAAGGAGGGCCCAUCAUUCUCAGGCCAACAACGGUCACUACAAUAUUAACAAUAUAGACAAUAAGGAGUAGAAUAAAUAUUGAAUAAACAUACUGCUGCUCAAUAAACCAAUAAUUCUAAUAUGGCUGACUGGUACCAAAACACCUUCUCAUAUUGUUUAUUUUUCUAUUAUUUUGUUAUAUUUUGUUAUAAAGUUAUUGUUCUCUAUU